GAAAAUCCCGACCGGGAGCGGGGGGGCGGGGGCGGGAUGCGGCUGCUCGGGGCCGCGCCGGAGCCUCGCCCAGCUCCGCACCGCCCCGCACCGCCCCGCACCGCUCCGCACCGCCGGGAAUGAGGCUCUGGAGGAGGUGAAGAUGUCCGGCUCCAUCGCCUCGUACGAUCAGCUGGUGCGGCAGGUGGAGGCGCUGAAGAAGGAGAACAGCCACCUCCGGCGGGAGCUGGAGGACAACUCCAACCACCUCUCCAAGCUGGAAAAUGAGACSUCGGACAUGAAGGAGGUCCUGAAGCACCUCCAGGGCAAGCUGGAGCAGGAGGCCCGAGUGAUGGUGUCCUCGGGGCAGACGGAGGUGCUGGACCAGCUCAAAGCCCUGCAGAUGGACAUCAGCAGCCUCUACAACCUCAAGUUCGCCCCGGAGGCACCGAGCUCCGGGCGCGGCAGCGAGGAGAGCCCGCCGGCCCCGCGGGACUGCCCCGGAGAGCUGGGCAGGGCCACCUUCCGCAUGCUGGAGGAGCUGGACCGCGAGAGGUGUUUCCUGCUGGGGGAGAUCGAGAAGGAGGAGAAGGAGAAGGUCUGGUACUACGCGCAGCUGCAGAGCCUGGCAACGCGGCUGGACGAGCUGCCCCACGUGGAGACGUUCUCCAUGCAGAUGGAUCUGAUCCGGCAGCAGCUGCAGUUYGAGGCGCAGCACAUCCGCUCGCUGAUGGAGGAGCGCUUCGGCACGGCCGACGAGAUGGUGCAGCGGGCACAGAUCCGCGCGUCCCGGCUGGAGCAGAUCGACAAGGAGCUGAUGGAGGCGCAGGACAAGGCGCAGCCGCCGGAGCCGCAGGUAGCGGGGCCGGGGUGUCCCUGUGCCCCCCGAUGGAGCCCGGGAGGGUGGAGGAGGGGGCCAGCACGGCCCCCCCGCCAUUGUCCCCGCGCUGUCCCCAUCAGCACAGCACAGCCAGGGCUUUGUGCGGCUCGGCCCCAUCGCUGCCAUGGCCCCGCCAUCACCAUCGCCAUCGUCACCGGCACUGUCACGGGCACAGUGUCACCACAGCCCCAUCGCUGCCAUGGCCCCUCCAUCACCAUCGCCAUCGUCACCGGCACUGAGGACAUGUCCCGCACGCUGCUGGCCAUGUCCAGCUCGCAGGAGAGCUGCCAGGCCAUGCGCAAGUCGGGCUGCCUGCCCCUGCUCGUCCAGAUCCUGCACGACUCGGACGGAGAGCCGGGGCCCCCCGAGAGCCCCACGGGAGCCAAGGACGCUCGGAUGAGAGCCAACGCCGCCCUGCACAACAUCGUCUUCUCGCAGCCCGACGAGGGCCAGGCCAAGAAGGAGAUGAGGGUGCUGCAUGUGCUGGAGCAGAUCCGCUCCUACUCCGAGACCUGCUGGGACUGGCUGCAGAUGCAGAGCCGGGACGGGGGACGGGGACCCGAGGGAGCGGUGCCGGUGCCCAUCGAGCCGCAGAUCUGCCAGGCCACCUGCGCCAUCAUGAAGCUGUCCUUCGACGAGGAGUACCGGCGRGCCAUGAACGAGCUGGGUGGGCUGCAGGCGGUGGCCGAGCUGCUGCAGGUGGACUACGAGAUGCACAAGAUGACCAACGACCCGCUGAACCUGGCGCUGCGGCGCUACGCGGGGAUGGCCCUCACCAACCUCACCUUCGGCGACGUGGUCAACAAGGCCACGCUGUGCUCCCGCCGGGGCUGCAUGGAGGCCAUCGUGGCUCAGCUGGGCUCCGACAGCGAGGAGCUGCACCAGGUGGUCUCCAGCAUCCUCAGGAACCUGUCCUGGCGCGCUGACAUCAACAGCAAGAAGGUGCUGCGGGAGGUGGGCAGCGUCACCGGGCUGACGCGCUGCGCCCUGCACGCCGGCAAGGAGUCGACGCUGAAGAGCGUCCUGAGCGCGCUGUGGAACCUGUCGGCGCACAGCACGGAGAACAAGGCAGCCAUCUGCGGGGUGGAGGGGGCCCUSGGCUUCCUGGUCAGCACCCUGACCUACAAGUGCCAGAGCAACUCCCUGGCCAUCAUCGAGAGCGGCGGCGGCAUCCUCAGGAACGUCUCCAGCCUCGUGGCCACGCGGGAGGAUUACAGGCAGGUGCUCCGGGACCACAACUGCCUGCAGACUCUGCUGCAGCACCUGCGCUCGCACAGCCUGACCAUCGUCAGCAACGCCUGCGGAACCCUCUGGAACCUGUCCGCCCGCAGCCCCCGCGACCAGGAGCUGCUGUGGGACCUGGGGGCGGUCAGCAUGCUCCGCAACCUCAUCCACUCCAAGCACAAGAUGAUCGCCAUGGGCAGCGCGGCCGCGCUGCGUAACCUGCUGACCAACCGGCCCCCCAAGUACAAGGACGCGUCGGUGGUGUCGCCGGGCUCCUGCAUGCCCUCGCUCUACAUGCGCAAGCAGAAGGCGCUGGAGGCCGAGCUGGAYGCCAAGCACCUGGCAGAGACUUUUGACAGCAUGGAGAAGCAGAGCCUGAAGGGUCAGAGCGCCAAGAAACCCAUGAGGCACAUGGAGAGCUUGGUGAAGGACUACGCCUCCGACUCGGGCUGCUUCGACGACGAUGAGGUGCCCAACAUCUCCACCGGCGUGGAGACGGCCAGCGCCUCCGUGCUGUCCAUGUUCCUCAACUCGUCCUUCCUGCAGGGCCAGGCGCUGCCGAGGGCUCUGGCACAGCGGCGCUGCCCGGAGCCGGAGAAGGACGGCAGCGGGAAAACAGCCGAGCCCAAAAAGCCACCGCUGCCGGAGGAUGAUGUCUCGCUGGCGGCCGAGAAGUUGGCCAACAAGAUCUCCAGCACGGUGGCCAAGAUCGACAAGCUGGUGGAGGACAUCUCCACCAUGCACAACUCCUCGGAUGACAGCUUCAGCCUGAGCUCCGAGGAUCACUGCCUGGACUGGCAGUACGGCCCCGAGGAGGGGCACGAGGCGCGCGCCCAGUCGUGCUCGCCGUGCCGGCUGUCGGACGCUGGUUUGGCCAAGAGGGAGAGCCUGAGCCGGGCACACACCCUGCUGCGGCUGAAGACGGCCUACACCAGCCUGUCCACCGACAGCCUCAACAGCGGCAGCACCAGCGAUGGUUACUGCACCAAGGAGCACAUGAAGCCCUGCCCCAGGGCCGCCUUCCUGGACUAUCGCGACGAGCUGCAGCGCUACCAGAAGAGRCCCAGCCGGCUCGAGCUCAAGAGCRUCCUGGGCAAACCRGAGCGGGCYGAACCCCCYGAGCCGGAYAAACCRGAGCAGAGGGACCUGCCYGAACGGGCCAARAAGACGGUGWCUUUCCCCAGCCCCAAGGCRCCGGAGAAGGAGACRGAGUGGAAGAAGGAGGCGGGCACCAAGCCCCCCACCGACCCCAACGUUCGCACCAUCAAGCUGUCCCCRUCCUACCAGCACGUCCCCAUGCUGGAGACCCUGGCUAAGAGCAGCGCGGCCGCCGGCCAGCAGCCCUCCCUCCUGGGCAGGAAGCAAGCCUGGCUCCCCCCAGCGCUGCUGCAGGCGGCCGAGCCCCUGAGCAAGAUCCCGGAGAAGCUGCCGGCCCAGCCGCCGGCCUCGGCGGAGCAGGAGUCGGUGCAGAAGUACUCGGUGGAGGACACCCCGAUCUGCUUCUCCCGGUGCAGCUCCUUGUCCUCACUGUCCUCGGCAGACAACGUGCUGGAUGGGCAGAGCCACAGCGAGAACGACCUGGACAGCGACUCCUCCCUGGAGAUCCUGGAGAUGGAGGAAGGGGAYGCAGAAGGGGAGGAUGGCAGGCAGGAGAAGGAGAAGGAGCCGGGUCCCACCACGCCGGGGGGGAUCUCCCAGCCCAUCACCAUCCCCUUCCCCAAGCGUGACAAGGUUUUCCUGCGGGAGGCCUCGCCCUCGCGCCAGGAGGACCUGACGCCCUCCAGCUCCUCUGAGAACUACAUCCAGGAGACGCCGCUGGUGAUGAGCCGCUGCAGCUCCGUCAGCUCCCUGGGCAGCUUCGAGAGCCCCUCCAUCGCCAGCUCCAUCCAGAGCGACCCGUGCAGCGARAUGAUCAGCGGCACCAUCAGCCCCAGCGAGCUGCCCGACAGCCCCGGGCAGACCAUGCCCCCCAGCCGCAGCAAGACUCCCCUCUUCGAGCUGGGCUGCCAGCCGGAGAAGGAGACCAGCCAGUUCAACAUCCAGUGGGAGAACAACGUCAAGAAGUUCAUGGAGAUCACAGACUUCAAGGAGCGCUUCCAGCUGCCCCAGGACCUGGACUCCAUGGUCUACUUCACGGUGGAGAAACCCAACGAGAAYUUCUCGUGCGCCUCCAGCCUGAGCGCCCUGCCCCUCCAUGAGCAUUAUGUGCAGAAGGAUGUGGAGCUCAAGCUGAUCCCCACCUUCCCGGAGAAGAACAGCCUGAACUUCGCGGCCCAUGAGAAGCGGGAGGAGCGGCGGGAGGAGCGGUACCUGGAGGGGCGGCGCAGGGCCGAGCGCCCCGAGCCCCCCGACGACGACGACAUCGAGAUCCUCAAGGAGUGCAUCAGCUCGGCCAUGCCCUCCCGCUUCCGCAAGGUCAAGACCUCRCUGCUGUCCGGCCAGGUGCUGCACCCCCAGACCAAGAAGCCGCUGCACGUCCCCGUGUACAUGCUGGUGCCGGCCCACGCCCACCCCGCCGUCCCCAAGCACCUGCGAGCCACCGCCCGCGAUCUCUUCAAGGACGACGACUCUUUCACCGACUCGGCCGACGGGACGCCCGUCAACUUCUCCAGCGCCGCCUCGCUGAGCGACGAGACGCUGCGGUACCCGGCGGGCGAGGAGGCCGAGCAUCCCCUGGCCGAGCGGCGCCGCCAGCCCGGCACCAUCCCGGCCCGCAGAGCCGCCUCCGGCAGCUCGGCUCCCGCCCGGCUCAGCUCCGCCGCAAAGGGCAAAGCGGGGCCGGGCCGAGCCGAGGGGAAGCGCGGCCAGAGCCUCCCGAAGGGCACAGGCAGCCUGGAGCUGGGGGUGGGCAGGGCCAGCGGUGGUCCCGGCAGGAAGGAUGAUGCCCUGGAGGAYGGGGUGGUGUUCCAGUCGCUGUGCCACACCACCCCGACGGAGGAGGCCGUUUAUUGCUUCUACGACCCGGAUUUGGACGAGCUGCCCGAGGAGGGCAGGGACGGCUCCGGCAGCAGAGCCCAGCCCGGCCGGGCACCGCGGAGAGAGCGCUGGGGAGGCUCCGUCCCUCAAAAGGACCCCGAGCCCGGUCCCCGUGCGGCGAAGGCGAAGCCUCAGAACAACCUCAUCGCCGACGAGACGCCGCCGUGCUACUCCCUGAGCUCGUCCAUGAGCUCCCUGAGCGACGCCAACCUCUCCGAGGGCGAGGAGCGGGGCCAGCCCUGCGGCAAAGCCACCUGGCCGCGCUCGGCCGCCGCGGGGCAGGCGCAGGGGGGCUCGCCCAGCUCCCCCAGCCUCAAUUCGGAGGAUGAUCUGCUGCAGAAGUGCAUCGGCUCGGCCAUGCCCAAGCGCCGGCGGCCCGCGGCUCGCCGYAGGCUGGUGGAGAGGAAGCAGAAGCCGCCGGGAGCCCCCGGGAGGGAGCGGAAAGCCGAGGGCAGGCAUCACCCYGAGGAGGACGCCGGCUCCGACCGCGGCUCCGAUCUGGACAGCGUGGAGUGGCAAGCGAUCCAGGAGGGAGCCAACUCCAUCGUCACCUGGCUGCACCAGGCUGCCGCCUCCCUGUCCCGGGAGCCUUCCUCCGAGUCCGACUCCAUCCUGUCCUUCAUGUCGGGGCUCUCGGUGGGCUCCACGCUGCAGCUCUCCCUGGGCAGGCAGGAGAAGCAGCGGCCCGGCAGCGCUCCGGGCCGGGAGGCGGCGCGGAGGGAGCACAGCAAGGGCCGCCCGGAGCGGAAGGACGCGGCCGGUGCCCGUCCCGCCGGCMGGGCCAGCGCCAGGGCGGAGCGGAGCGCGGCGCCCGCCAAGCCAGUGCCCAACCUGCCCGUGGUGUUCCGCGGCAGGACCGUCAUCUACAUGCCCAGCCUGGCCAAAGAUGCYCCCAGCCCACGGGCCACCCCGAAGAAGAGCCCGGCGACCAAGCCCGAGGCGCCGCCGGCCAAGAACCUCUCGCUGAGCCAGCAGCGCUCGCGGAGCCURCACCGGCUGGGCAAAGCCCCCGAAACCGGGGAUUUGGCGCUGCCCAAGAGGAGCACGACCCCGCCCGCCCGCAUCGGCAAAGGKCCCCCCUCCUCGGGCUCCUCCCGCACCUCCACGCCCUCCCAGCACGCCCCCAAGAAGCUGCCGUCGCCCUCCCAGGUCACCAAACAGGGCGGCCCGGCCGCGGGCAAGGCGGGCGGCGCCUCCUCCCCACCGGGACCCCCGGCCAGAGCUCCGGCCCCCAAAUCCCCGGCUCCCAGGCAGUCCAAGACGCAGAAGUCGCCCGUGCGCAUCCCCUUCAUGCAGAARCCCAGCAGGAAGGUGCUGCCGGCCCGGGGGACCAUGCCGGUGCUGGAGGAGCAGGUCGAUGGCUCCAAGGCUCGGCCCGGGGCKCCGGGGGGUGGCAGCCGGCUCAAUUUGGUGCGGAUGUCAUCCGCCCGCUCCAGCGGCAGCGACUCGGACCGCUCCGGCUUCCUGCGCCAGCUCACCUUCAUCAAGGAAUCCUCSAGCCUGCUGCUGCGGCACCGCUCCGAUCUGUCCCCCGCUCCGCCGGCCACCUCGCUGCCCCGCCGGGGCUCCCCCCAGCGCAGCCGAGCCGCGCUCCCGGCCGUGUUCCUCUGCUCCUCCCGCUGCGACGAGCUCAAAGCGGCCAAAUCGGCGACCCCCGGCCAGCGGCCGCUCAUCCCCAGAGCCCAGCCCGGCGGCAAAGCCAUGGCCGGGGUCAAACCGCCGCGCCGGACCAGCUCCGAGAGCCCAUCCCGGCUGCCGGUGAAGACCAGCGUGCCCGCGGCAGAGCCCUUCAAGCGCUACUCGUCCUCGCCCAACAUCAGCGUGGCCCGGCGGGCCGCCAGCCCGUCCUCCGUGCGCUCCGAAGCGGCGGCGCGSCGGCGGCAGAACGAGCCGGCUCCCGGGGGACCGCCGGGAAAGCCGCCGGUGGUGAUGAUGAAGGGCACGUGGCGGAGGAUCCGGGACGAGGACAUCCCGCACAUCCUCAAGAGCACGCUGCCCUCCUCCGCGCUGCCGCUGGCGGGCUCCGGAGACGAGGAGCCCCCCGGCACYCCCGGCACUCCSGGAACCCCGAGGAAGACCAGCGACGCCGUGGUGCARACCGAGGAUUUCGCCACCUCCAAGAUCAACUCCAGCACCUCUCCCACGCUGGAGAGCCGCGAGGGACCCCCGAACCCCCGCGUCACCGGCGAYGGCGAAGCCCCCGCGCCCGCCAAGGCCGCUCUGCCCAUCUCCUUCGGCCACGAGGCGCCCGCCGGGACCUUCCCCGCCAGCCGGCACGGCUCCCCCAGCAAAGCCGCCCGSGUCACCCCCUUCAACUACGUGCCCAGCCCCAUGGCGGUGACRGCGGUGGCCGACAAGGCGGUGGAGAAAAUCCAAGCUUGAUGAUGCCCCGGUGAAGGUCCCGCGACACCGCUGGACCUGCGGGACUGGCCAGGACUGUGCUUGGGGGACACACAUGGGGAUGUGGGACAGCUGGGGACCAGUGGGUCACCCCGAGCCGCUGCUGUGCUGGAGCAUCACAAUUCCCAGCGCCAAGKACUGGACAGGACUGGGAACGUUCCGGGUCUGACACCCCGAGCUGGGGUGGCUCUCACGGACCAUCUCCAGC